AUGCCAGGCAGGGGUGAUGCAGGACUUGUGGAGGACUGUGCCACAGUGGAGUCACCACCUCCUGCAGACGGACCUGAGACAGGCACAGGGCAGCAUACACCUGCACUGCUGAGCGUAGGGACAGCUGGAGGAAGUCAAGGAGAGGCAGCGGUUUCUGAGACGCCGAAAGCACAGCCAACCGGACACCGAUAUCAGCUCACUGGUGUUCUCAGCCACCUGGGCUCCAGCGCCACCUCUGGUCACUAUAUCAGCGACAACUUCAGUCGUGCAGAGAAGGGCUGGCUGUCCUUCAGUGACCUGACCGUAAAAAGGUUGGAUGAGGGACAGGUGCUGAGAAAGAGGGAGAGCAGUGCGUACCUGCUGUUUUACACCCAGCAGGUAAAUAGAGAAACACUGAAUACACUCUGCAUCGAGAUUAGAUAG